AUGCCAUCACCGAAAACACUAAAUUUUAAGUUAGUUUUGCUGGGGGAAUCAGCUGUAGGGAAAUCUUCCAUCGUCAUGCGCUACGUCAACAACCAAUUUUCAGACGAUAGGGAAUCUACGAUAGGCGCGGCUUUCUUGACACAGCACAUGAAAGUCGGUGAGGAUACUAUCAAGUUUGAAAUCUGGGACACAGCCGGUCAAGAACGCUUCGUUUGUUUGGCUCCUAUGUACUACAGAAACGCACACGCUGCUCUCGUCGUUUACUCUCUCGACUCCAAAGAUAGCUUCGAUAGGGCUGUCAAGUGGAUCGAGGAACUACGGAGGCAGUCAGACACCCAUACUAUCAUCAUCCUCGCAGGCAACAAAUCAGAUAUCCCUGAUGAUACCAAACAAGUCUCUCCUCAUGAUGCUCAGGCUGUGGCUGAUGAAAUGCAGGUCGAAUUUUCAACCACUUGCAGCGCAAAGAGCGGUGGCGGUAUUGAACAACUCUUUGUUGAGAUUGGUAACCGUCUUCCUAUUGAACAAGCUAAGCAAAAGGCCUUUAAAUCCCCUCAACAAGCUAUCAAGCUCGAUAAGGCUGACUCAAGUGGCCAAACAGAGACAUGUGCUUGCUGA